GCCAGGUUGUAGUUAGUUAUAGUAACUGCAAGUUGGUGUCAACGCGUACAGUCGGUUGGACAGCUCCCCGGGAGAAAUAGUCGCCCACUGAUAGUUUGGCUGGCGUGAGCGUUACUGCUUAGGGGUACCAUGGAUGACCUCUUGGAGUCUGACUGGACGACUGAAGAAGUCAGCACAGGGACUACCAUUAUUGCUGCGGUGUUUGAUGGAGGAGUAGUCAUUGGCUCAGACUCCCGGGUGUCAGCAGGGCAAGCUGUUGUGAAUCGUGUGUUGAACAAAGUGUGUCGACUUCAUGACAAGAUCUAUUGUUCCAUCUCAGGCUCUGCUGCAGAUGCACAGGCUGUUGUAGACAUUGUAGACUACCAAAUGGAAUUGCACGGCAUUCAAAUGGGACAACCACCUCUUGUUCAGGCUGCUGCAACCAUUGUUAAAGACAUCUGCUACAAAUACAAAGAAGAACUGGUGGCCCACCUUCUUGUGGCAGGUUGGGACCACAAAUAUGGUGGCCAGGUUUACGGCACCCUCGGCGGCAUGAUGAUCAAACAGCAGUUUGCUUUAGGUGGUUCAGGAAGUACUUAUAUUUAUGGGUUUGCUGACUCUGCUUUUAAACCAGGGAUGACAAAAGAAGAAUGCCUCAAGUUUACAAAAUGUGCUGACCAUCAGAUGAUUGGUAUUGCUUCAGCGGCUCCUAACCUUAGUUUUCACAAUACUAUGUCUCACCAUCCCCAGCACUUGCCCUGGCAAUGAACAGAGAUGGGUCCAGUGGUGGAGUAAUUUACCUUGUAACUAUUACCAGUAAAGGAGCUGAAGAAACUGUUAUCACAGCCAAAGACAUCCCAAGCUUUUAUGAUGAUUGAAUGAAACAGUGGUUCCAGUUCUUUGGUUCCAAAGCAUGCACUAUCAUUUUUAAACAUCUCACCAUUAAGAGGCAAAAAUUGUUUAUGUAUGCACUGGAUUCACAUUGGUUUCUACAGCUAAAUUUAACUGGGUGACUUUAUAUAAACCACUCAGAAUGUUGUGAUAUCAAAAGCAUAUUACUCUGCUUAUGAAAAAUGUAUCACUGCAUCUACGAACAACCAAAAAAUGUACAGAAUUCUGUGCCCUGUUGAUCUUUUUAACAGGGUUCACUGCAUCAAAGUAGAUAUUUAAAGUUUUGGGGGCAAGAGAAAGGGAUUCUCCAACAGAUAACUGGAUUUAGUCUUUUUUAUAAGAUUUCAGUAAAGUCAGUUACAAUGAAGAGUUUUUACUUCUUAUUGUAUAGCUGAUUAAAAUAGAUUGUAAAAAUAAAAUUUUGAAAAACA